CCAGCAUCGACCAGUAUCAUCAUCAACAUUUCACCAUCUUCUCCUCGUCUCCUUCUCUCUCUUCCUCUGUUACUUUUUUACUUUUCUUCCCGUUUCGCUCUCCGUCAAAGUCUUCUCUCUCUUGCCAUUUUCCCCACUGUAAAUUCCAUUUUUACCCCUAAACCCAUCGUUCCCCUGAGACACGGCGGCCACGAGGAAGAGGGAUACAAUAGAGAAAGAUAAAACAGGCGAUUGAUUUUGUCCAUCGGAGACGCCGCUCGCUGCUCAGGGAAUAUGGAGACGGCGACGGCGACAUCGGAAAGAGCCGAGUUAGCUAAGCACUGCAGUUCACGGAACUGGUCCAAAGCGAUCCGAGUUCUCGAUUCGCUCCUUGCUAAGCAGUGUUCAAUUUUGGAUAUAUGCAAUAGAGCCUUUUGCUAUAAUCAAUUGGAGCUUCACAAGCAUGUGAUUAAGGACUGUGAUAAGGCACUUCAGCUUGAGUCUUCUGCCAUUCAAGCUUAUAUACUCAAAGGGCGUGCUCUUUUGGCUUUGGGGAGAAAACAGGAAGCUGUUCUUGUUUUGGAGCAAGGGUAUAAAAGUGCUUUGCAGCAGACAGCAGAUGUGAAGGAGUUACUUGAAUUAGAAGAGCUCUUAAAAGAUGCAAGACGAGAAAUUGAUUCUACUUUCAAAAAUCAUGCCUCCGAGCCCCGGCAAGAGACCUCUGCCUCGCCUCAAAGUGAGAAGUCUGAUGAAAAAAUUGAUAAGCUGGACAACCAGAAUACUGCUUCUGGAACAAGCAUCAAUGCCUGCAAAACAACAAGUAUUUCAGUAUCUGAAUCAGGAGCCUGUAGUAAUGGGAACUCCGACGAGGCAUCCAGGGAAUUGGGUGAGCAAUCAAAGAUAAAUAGCAUUUCAAAGGAUGUAUCCAAGGCAAGCAAGCAAUCUCGUGGUAGUUCUGACUUAUGUAAUGGAUCAUCGUUCAAGGAAAAAGAGAAUGGAAAGUGUGGCAGCCAAAUUAAUGGUUCUUAUGAAACAUGUAAACCAUGUAAUGGUUCUGAUUUGCAUGAUAAUUUAGCUGAAAGUUCUGAUUGGUUAGGGAACGUGACGAUUAAUGGAAAAAAAUUAAGCAUUACGUCCGGAUUUACUAGCAAAUCAAGCCAUAAAGCUGAGGUACGUUGUGGAGUUGGUAAUGAAACCACGAUAAACAAGAAGUACACCAUAGCAAGAAUAUCAGGAAACCAUUCUAUAAGUGUGGAUUUUCGACUUUCUAGAGGCAUUGCACAGGUGAAUGAAGGAAACUAUAUGAAAGCUAUUUCAAUUUUUGAUAAGGUGCUGAAGGAAGAACCAACCUACCCUGAGGCACUUAUAGGAAGAGGGACAGCAUAUGCAUUCCAACGAGAGCUUGAAAGUGCUAUAGCUGAUUUUACUAAGGCUAUUCAAUCUAACCCAGCAGCAAGUGAAGCUUGGAAGCGGAGAGGACAGGCUCGUGCUGCUCUUGGGGAGUAUGCUGAGGCGGUUGAAGAUUUGACUAAAGCACUGGUAUAUGAGCCAAACUCACCUGAUGUAUUGCAUGAAAGGGGUAUUGUUAAUUUCAAAUCUAAAGAUUUCGCUGCUGCUGUAAAAGACCUAUCUAUAUGUCUGAAGCAAGAGAAAGAUAACAAGUCCGCAUAUACGUAUUUGGGACUAGCAUUUGCUUCUCUUGGUGAAAUUAGAAAAGCUGAAGAGGCGCAUUUGAAGUCCAUCCAGUUGGAUAGUAAUUAUCUUGAAGCUUGGCUUCAUCUCGCCCAGUUCUAUCAAGAGUUGGCCGACCACAGCAAGGCUUUGGAAUGCAUUGAGCAGGUUCUACAAGUGGACAACAGGGUUUGGAAGGCUUAUCACUUGCGUGGAUUAGUGUUUCAUGGAUUAGGCGAACACAGGAAGGCUAUCCAAGAAUUAUCUAUCGGAUUAAGCAUUGAGAACACAAUAGAGUGCUUGUACCUACGAGGUUCCUGCUAUCACGCUGUAGGAGAAUAUAGAGAUGCGGUGAAGGACUAUGAUGCUACUGUUGACGUGGAACUUGAUGCAGUUGAAAAAUUUGUUCUUCAAUGCUUGGCAUUUUAUCAGAAAGAGAUUGCCUUGUACACGGCUUCCAAAGUUAGUAGUGAAUUUCUCUGCUUUGAUAUUGAUGGUGACAUAGAUCCAAUGUUCAAGGAGUACUGGUGCAAAAGACUACACCCGAAAAAUGUAUGUGAAAAGGUUUACAGACAACCUCCCCUACGUGAAUCCCUUAAGAAGGGUAAACUGAAAAAGCAAGAUCUUGCAAUAACCAAACAGAAGGCGAAUGUUCUUCGUUUUGCUGAUGUAAUAGGCAAGAGGAUCCAAUAUGAUUGUCCCGGAUUCUUACCGAACAAACGCCAGCAUCGUAUGGCAGGAUUGGCUGUGAUAGAGAUUGCUCAAAAAGUUUCAAAAGCUUGGCGCAUAGAAUGGAGGAAUUCUAACAAAGGCACCCCAAAAAAUGGGAAAAAGAACCGGAGGAGAGAGAGAAUCAACAUGCUUAGUCAAAAUAGAGGUGGUGCCGGGUGUAGUACUAGCAGUUCUAGUGAAACUUCAACUGGGUAUGCCUCACUAGAAGAUCGAUCAUCUGGCCGCUCUAUGUUGUCUUGGCAAGAUGUUUAUUCUUCUGCUGUCAGAUGGAGACAAAUUUCAGAGCCUUGUGACCCAGUUGUGUGGGUUAACAAACUUAGUGAAGAGUUUAAUACUGGGUUUGGUUCUCAUACACCGAUGGUACUGGGACAAGCCAAAGUUGUACGCUAUUUCCCAAAUUAUGAAAGAACCCUGACUCUUGCAAAGAGCAUCAUCAAGGAGAAACUUUCUGUACGCAGCAAAAAAGAUAAAGUUAUUGAUCUAUCUAAAGAUGAGAAGAUAAAAGAAAUAAUGCGUGCUGAAACUUGUGAUGAGCUACACAAAGUUGUUGGUGAGGAUUUCUGGGUGGCUACUUGGUGCGACAGUACGGCACUCGAAGGGAAACGCCUCGAAGGAACUAGAAUCACCUGCCUUAAAAAACCGGGAAGGCUUGGGUAUGAUUUUUCAAUUCGAACUCCAUGUACACCUGCAAGGUGGAGCGACUUUGAUGAAGAAAUGACCUCAGCUUGGGAGGCUUUAUGCACUGCCUAUUGUGGGGAAAAUUACGGUUCUAUUGAUCUCGACGCUCUAGAAACCGUUAGAGAUGCUAUCUUACGGAUGACAUAUUACUGGUACAAUUUUAUGCCGUUAGCUCGAGGGACUGCUGUAACGGGAUUUGUAGUAUUACUUGGACUUCUGCUUGCUGCUAAUAUGGAAUUUACUGAGACUAUCCCGAAAGGGUUACAGAUCGAUUGGGAGGCUAUACUUGAUGUUGGACCGAGCUCGUUUGUUGAUUCGGUAAAGUCUUGGUUAUACCCAUCCCUGAAAAUCAACACCUCGUGGAGAGACCACCCGGAUAUUUCCUCUGCUUUUUCGACAACUGGAGCAGUUGUCGCGGCGCUUAGCUCUUACAAUGAUUGAGUUAUUCAAUCAUAAGAAGUGAAGAAAGCUAACCAAAGGAUGAGCAGUAAGAAAACUUAUGUUUCGGUCAAAAAUCUUCAGUUUAUGAUAUGCUUCUGUCUAAAAAAACAAAAACAAACAAAAAAAGCUUUGUUAGGAUUUCUAAAGAAUUUUAAACUCUCAUGUAUAACUUUAUUUUGCAGAAUUAAUAAUGUAUCUAAUUAUAAUC